AUGUCGAGUGGCGAGCUGGAUCCUGGAUUCGUGCGGAGUUUCCGCUCAACUUGGGAAGACACCCCCUCAUCCCAUGCAGUACCUCAUUCUAUGCUGACAGCUCUUGGUCUAACACGAGGUGACUACCUAGAUGUGAAGGCGUGGAUAUUUCUAGUUGCAAGAAAGUUGCAGUUUGAGAAUGGGGAGCGUGCUGCCUUCAAGAAUAACGAAGCCAAUCACGAAGAUUUCCUGGCUGAACCUAUUCUCGCUGCUCUUAAGCCUCGGCUGCUUGACGACAUAAAUGAUCCAAGACUGGCGCUGAGGGCCUACCUAGUGGUAAUGCAUGUUACGCAACACCCCUCACACACCAUGUCCCAAUUUGAAUAUUGCAAAUCAGGGCAUCUAUGGACGCACCAACGAUUCCUCGAUGAGCAAAAUUAA